AAAAACCAUUCAUUUCCCCUCAUGUGACUCUUGUGAGUCUUUCUUCAGAGGAACAUUAAAGAAGAUAUUUUGAGAAACGCCAGUUUCAGUCAGUGGGGUUCAAUGUUGUUUUGUUACCAACGUUCUUCAAAAUAUCUUCUUUUGUGUUCUGCAGAAGAAAGUCGUACAGGUUUGACAUGACAUGACGUUGAAUCAAUGAUGACAGAAAUGUAAUGCUUUCUGGAAGUUCCCGACCCUCCAAUCAUGUCAGAAACAUUUUAAACAUACACUUUCGCUCAAAAGAAAGACUCAACACAAAUAUGAAAUGCACGCCUAAACUAAACGAACCUACAGGGACAUCCUAAAGUUGCCUUUUUACAUCAGAACGCAUAUCUGUUGCCUAGUGCAAUGCACUAACAAAUCUCCCAAAGGGUUUCUCCUCCCUCUUCUCUCAAAACGCAUCCAGUGAUUCAAAACAUGUGUGGCAGAAUCAAUAAAGUCCCCGACUAAAUGAGGCUUUUUGCCCCGCGGGGCCCGGGAGGCGGGUGGUGUCGGCAGGGAGCUGUGAAGAGACACAGGAAGAGAAGGUUGAGAGAAGAGUUCAUUCCGUUGCCGGCAAUCCGCGACCAGACGACUCGUCUCCGUUGCCCAGCGAGAGGAGAAAGAACAGUGCAGUCAUGGGAUCAGAAAUGGAGCUGAGCUUCACCGAGGACCUCCAGCUGACGGAGGUGAUGCGUCUGCGCAUGCAGUCGCUCCAGCAGAAGGGUCAGAAGAGGCAGGACGGCGAGAGGUUGCUCCUGCCGCACGAGGCCGUCUACCGUCUGGAUUUCACCGAGCAGGAGUUGACCUUCGCCCACUGGAACGUGACCCUGCAGGGAACCGGACGGUUUACGGUCACGGGCAUCUCUCAGCUCUGGACGCCCGACCUCACCAACCUGAUGACCAGACAGCUGCUGGAGCCCAUCGGCCAGUUCUGGAGGAACGCCGGAGACCCGGAGGAUUCGCCUUUCAAAUGCUUGGAGGCGGACAUCCAAGAGUUCGGAGAGAGGAUAGCGGAGCUGGCCAAAGUGAGGAAGGUGAUGUACUUCCUGUUCGCUUUCAAGGAGGGAGCUGAGAAAGACAAGAUCACCUGCACUUUGGUCUUCAACAAAAGCGAGUGACGGUCGGAUCAACCGGAGGUCCUAAAACAGUCUCUUAAAAGAUGUAAUGGUCAGUCGCAAUCUUCCUUUUAAGAUCUUCCUUCUAUUCACUACUGUGUGCGUUUGUGUUUAAAUGAAACUUUGAGUAGUCGACGUUGAUUUCCAAACGUUUUCAACAAUGUCAUUAUGAUACCGUAAGAUGGAAUGUUAUUAAUGCAAAUCUACAAAUACA